GGUGCUCAAAUUUUUUUACACCAUGGUGAUGUGAUCAGAAUCGGGUCCUCUCGUCUUCUGGUCCACGUCCACGAGGGGCACGAGUGCUGUGGCCAAUGCGAUCCGGAAACAGUUCGAAUGGCCAUGGAGGAAGCCCAAGUACCUAUUGUGUCGCCGAAUGAAGGUGAAUCGGCGACUGCUGAUGCUGAUCUGUGCGAUGGCACGCCCGAACAACCUACUGUGUUUCUUACCGCUGCUGAAAUUCGCGAAUUAGAACGCCGUGCUACCUUGGACCAACUGAAAGAACAAUACGGCGUAAAGCAUCGCGUACCCUUGAACACGGAAACAGUUUACCGCGACCGAGCCGCUUUGAGACGUGCAAUUGAGAAAAACAUGAAAGCUGCCGGUUACGUAUCCGUUGAACGUAACAAACGUGAUUCGCUGACGACUCGUGAAACACGACCACGAAGUCCAUCCCCUUCACAAUCACCAGCAACAGUCACUCAAAGUGUUACUGAACCACUGGCCGAGGACAAUCGUGGUGCCAAGCUACUCUCAAAAAUGGGUUGGAAUCCGGGCCAAGGUUUGGGGAAAAGCAAUCACGGAAUAGUGGAACCAAUCUCCGUAUCUCAACGUUCCGCGCCGUUGGCUGGUCUCGGCUACUCGGAUCCUCGCGGACCUAUCUUUCGCGGGCGUCCUCGCUGA